UUGUGUCGUUUGUUUUCUGGCUGUAAACACAACCUACACACGGAACAGAGCCGGAGACAGGGGCUCUUGCAGGAAGGUACAUCAGUGUGAAUGAGAAAACUUGUAUGAUAACGUCCAUAGCCCCGCGGCUGACUCUUUAGCCUAGCCGGGAGAGUCCGGAAGAAAAGCCAGUGUCUGGUUGUUUCAUUGUAAGGAGGACGGAGACAGCCAAUCCGCGCUUGUCGGCGACCAUGGCAGCGGAGGCUGAUCCGUCGGCAAACGAAGGCGGCGCUGCUUUUACUGGCGUCCCGAACUGGGACUGGGAUGAGUCUCAGCUCCGCAAAUAUUCUUUUCCAACCAAGCCCAUUCCGAGACUGUCUCAUACGGACCCCAGAGCAGAGAUGUUAAUAAGCAACGAGGAACCAGUGGUUUUAACAGACACAAACCUUGUGUAUCCAGCUCUCAAAUGGGACAUUGCAUAUCUGCAGGAGAAUAUUGGAAAUGGAGACUUUUCUGUUUACACUGCAGAAAACCACAAAUUCCUCUACUACGAUGAGAAGAAAAUGGCUAAUUUUGAGAACUUUGUCCCCAAGUCACAACGAAUGGAAAUGAAAUUCUCUGAAUUUGUGGAUAAAAUGCAUUUAAUGGAGGAAAAAAGUGGAGAGGAGAGGGUAUAUUUGCAGCAGACCCUGAAUGACACGGUAGGGAAGAAGAUUGUUGUUGACUUCCUUGGUUUCAACUGGAACUGGAUCAACAAGCAGCAAGCCAAGAGAAACUGGGGACAGCUGACAUCCAACCUGCUACUCAUAGGCAUGGAGGGCAAUGUGACACCAGCACAUUACGACGAGCAGCAGAACUUUUUUGCACAGAUCAAAGGCCAUAAGAGAUGCAUCCUCUUCCCUCCAGACCAGUUUGAGUGUCUCUAUCCAUACCCUGUGCACCACCCCUGUGACAGACAGAGCCAAGUUGAUUUUGAUCAUCCUGAUUAUAAGACGUUUCCCAAUUUUAAAAAUGUUGUUGGCUAUGAGGCUGUUGUGGGCCCAGGAGAUGUGCUCUACAUCCCGAUGUAUUGGUGGCAUCACAUUGAAUCACUGUUGAACGGUGGAGUGACGAUCACUGUAAACUUCUGGUACAAAGGUGCCUCCACACCCAAGAGGAUAGAGUACCCCCUGCGAGCUCACCAGAAGGUGGCCAUCAUGAGAAAUAUUGAGAAAAUGCUGGGAGAAGCUCUUGGAGACCCACAUGAGGUUGGACCUUUACUGAAAACGAUGAUCAAGGGGCGAUAUGACCAGGAUCUCAGUUAGAGCACCACUCUUAAAAGAGUUACCUGGACUGCGGUGCAAUCUGUUUGCCGCGUAAAAGUGAGACUGCUGCAUGCAUAAUGCACAUUCUGGCUUUUUUAAGCUACGUAUCACUGCACGGCAAUAAGCAGCCACCUGAGAACCAUUCUGCUUCAGUUGUCUCUGAGUGCCAUGGUCAUUGCAAAUACAUCAAUCACAGAAGAAACAUUGGACUAACUCACUGGAAUUCCACCUACUUUAAGAAGUCUUUUUUUUUUUUUUUUUUUUUUUUUUUUUUUUUAUAAAUCUUUUGUCUUUGAAAAGAAGGCCUCAUUUGGAUUAAGUCUAGAUAUAUUUAUGUAAAUCAGUGUUCUCUCAACAUUCUUAAUUCAAGCUAGUGUGUUUUUGGGUGCAUGUGCUCACCCAGUGAGUUGAAGUUGUCUGAGAUCGGUACCUUUGGAACAACCUCAAUAUUUUGACCACUAAUGGAUGAGUCAAAGGGUAUUACAUAUACAGUACACAUCAGUUAGAUACUUUCUUAUAUACAUGUUCUAACACAGUUAUGGAUUGAUUCCUUAGUGUGGCGUGAUCAUAUUGUAUUCUCCAUCUUUAUCACUAAUACAGCUUUAAAACUGAUUUGGCUCAUACCUCUAAAGUUGACAUGUCUUUUAAGGGUCUUAUAUAAAUAAGCCUACCUACAUGGUUUUGGGGAGUGAUCAGCAAGAAUUUUCUGUUGCAAAGAAGACAGCAUAGGCACGGUAAUAAAACACAAGUACAGUGAUUUUAAAACUGUGAUGAAAUAUGUGUGGGUGGGAAAAAAGGAGGCUCAUAUAUUCAGCUGAAGGAGUAUGUGAUUGCUUGCAGCUAAAUUGUUUACCUGAGCGAUGCUGCUUUGUGUUUAUACAUGCUCUUGCUUGUUUGAUUUGUUUGACUUUAUUGAAUGUGCUAUUCUGCGUACCAGUAAUAGAUGAGGGGCACUGAAAAUAAAUGACAUACUGCAAUUUUAGUUGCAAAUACAGGUAACUUAAAUAAAUAAAAUAAAAUACAGUAAGUCAGUUUUUGGGGAAACUUCUCAGAGUAAUUACCGGUGAUGUUUUCUUAGGAAUAGGAUGGUUAAAACUGUAAAAGUGGUUAACUUGAACUGCUUAAAUGAUAGAUUUAUGUAAAAAUCUUAUCAAUGGACUGAACUAGCAGGACCAUCUGCUGGGAUGUAGCUUAUGUGUCAGCCAUUGCAGCGCAACACAAUGUACCAUCUAGUGGUGAAGUUGUAUAGUUACCUGGUCCAUGCACUAUACUGCUGCAAUACAAAUAUUCAAUGUGCUAUAUUGAACGCAGCAGAUCUGGGAUGAAAUGACAAAAGUCAGCGAUCCUCAGACGUGCACUUAUUUUUUACUCACACGCAGCCAUAUUUUGAAGACCUUAAAAGAGAGCAAGAUGGCUGUUUCUGUGCUAAUUUAAAGUGCUCUCCUGAACUGUUGUAAAAAA